UUUUCUGAUAAAUAAGUGUACUGAUUAACUGCCGAACUGGAGAAACAGAAACUUCCAAGUCAGAGAGGGAAAUAAACACUCUCUCGGGAAACAAAAGUUUAAUUUCUGUUUUUCAUUUUAGUUUCACUUUCCAUUCAUAGCUGUCCUUGCAGUUUUAUUUCAGUGAGAUCACCCUGAUGCCUGUCUGGAGUAUGUGCAGACCUGCUCCCUGCUUGCAAAUAUUUUUGAAGAGGAAAAUUGAAUGUAAAAGCUGCACGAUAAUGGCCAAUUCUCUAAAUUCCUGCAGUGCAGACUGGAAGAGACGAGUGUUUGCAGUGGAUUCUAAUCCCAGUCUGGGGUAUACAAAUCCUUUUUAUUUCACAUCAUUUGACAACAAGCACCAUGGUAUAUCUAUGUCUCCUGUUUGUGAAUGGGAGAUGCUUAAACAGGGGGCUAUUGGGUAUUCCUUAUGUGUAACUGACUCUCAUCGAACUAGUGCAGCAAGACUACAUAAAUUAUUAGGGCAUCAUUUGGUUAGAGACUUGAAAACAAAUUGUACCAUUUUGAGAUUACUCUCUUACCUUCCACAUGACCCCUAUGGAUCUCUGGAGAAGGGAUUCAUGCUUAUUGAUCCUAUGAGUUCUCUGCAGGUAGAAGAUAGAUUGAGGAACCUGUUAACCGCAUAUAAGCAGAACAUUCGCUUCUGCAGUUACCAACAAAACCCUGGAGGGUACGUCUUGCAGAAACUAUGGACAUUGAAUGGAAAAGCUACGGAGAUUGGAUCAUCUCACAUAGUAAAACUAGAGAAGCCUGCAAUAUCGCCUUUUGUUGUUAACAUAAAAAAUUCUGCAGUGUUUUACUCACUAGACCAUGCCUGUGCUGUAUUUAAAGAGUGUUUGUCAAUUUUUCCAGAAGCAAGAAAUCUUUUAGAAUUGAUAGAAAGAGAACCAUAUGUUCCUAAGAAAGGAGAAUUUCCUGUAAUUGUAAUUGAGGGACUUGAUGCCACAGGGAAAAGCACAUUAACGCAGUCUCUUAAAGUAUCUCUAAAAGCAGCAUUGCUUAAAUCACCCCCGGACUGUAUUAGCCAGUGGAGGAAGACCUUUGAUGAUGAACCCUCACUGAUCAGAAGAGCUUACUAUGCUUUAGGAAACUACAUUGUGGAGUCACAAAUAGCCGAAGCAUCCAAGCAUUCUCCAGUCAUUGUGGACAGGUACUGGCACAGUACAGCUGCUUAUGCCAUAGCCACAGAAAUUGGAGGAAGUGCUCAUAACCUGCCUGAAAGUCACCAUGAAGUUUACCAGUGGCCAAAUGAUCUUCUGAAACCUGACCUUGUCAUUUUAUUGACUGUCAGGGAUGAAGAGAGAAUAAAGCGAAUUCAAGGACGAGGGCUGGCUGAAACAAAAGAAGAAAAAGAGCUAGAAACAAACAGCAUGUUUCGGCAAAAAGUGGAAGAGACAUACAAAAGGAUGGAAAACCCAGGAUGUGUAAUCAUUGAUGCCAGUGCCUCUAAACAAUCUGUUUUAACUGAAGCUUUAUUCAUCAUAAAAAAAUAUUUUGAUGUUUAGCUUUGUAUUUUGCAUUUUUUUUUUUAAUCUGCAUAAUGAAAUCAGGGUAUCUUUAAAUUUAACGGAUAGGAAAGUAAAAAUUAAAUUGUAUGAUUCACAUAGACCAUGUCAUUUUAUUACAAUUUUAAAUUCACUUCUAUUAUAAAUUAUACGUUGAAAAAAUAUGUACAUAUCCUCAGCAGCAGCAAUAUUAAAAACGUUACCAGAACUAAAAAUUUGCGUAAACAAUUAGAGAAUUCAUUAAAUAUCUGGCACCUCAUGUAAAACCCUGAAUACUUGUAUUUAUGACUCUGGAAUGUUACCCUUGACAUUCAUUCUGCCAUCAAAUUGUAUAAAAUUCUAUAAAUGAACAUCAACAUCUAAAUUUCAAAUGUUACAUUGAAGUCUUUGCGAAUCAACUUUUUAAUGUUAAUCUUUUUUUAUUUAAAAGCUAUGUUCAAUUUUUGAAUGUUCAAUUUUAAAAUUAAAGACAUAUACUGAAUGUUUAAUAAACAUUUCAUAUUCAUAUCAAAUAAACAAAUGCAGGCAAUGGCCUCCAUUUAUCAAAUGUUGAGAGGACAUCACUGCAGGUGGAUAGCAUACGCUGUCCGCAUUUAUCAUUGCACAAGCUUUUCUCCAGAAAUACUUGUGAAAUGCACCCUGCUCACUGGCGGUCAAUAGGCCACUAGCAGCGGCUGUCAAUCACCCCGAUCAGAUAGGACAGGAGGCGGACAGAUUAAGGAGCAGCGAUCUUUCUUUGCUUAUUAACUGCCUCCGAAGCAGCAACCGCAAUAUGUUUAAUAUUUAUAUAUGUUUAUAUAUAUAAAAUCAUAUUACAUUUGGUAGUUGUUGUAUAUUAUUUAUUUACAUUGAUUGUAUUACAAAUUAUAUGAUAUAAUUAACUACUACGUUUUUGUGUGUGGGGGGGAUCAAUAAUGUCAGUUUUAAUUUAUUGCAUAACCUUCAAGCAUUGACAGCUGUUUAACAUAAUGCUCUCAUAGUCGCUCUCAUAAAAAAAAAAUUAAAAAAAAUCUUUAUAUAAAUGAUGAAAAUUAGUUGGCACACUGAAAAAAUGAAAUAAUAAAGUAUUUAUUACAAAGGU